CGUCGUAAAUUGGUACGCAAAUUAUAUUCGUGUACAUAUACAUAGGUACGAGUCAUAGAAUAGGUGAAGAGUCUCAUUUAUGUACGAUCAUCGUGAACAGGUGGACGUCGAGGUCGGUCGGUUUGUUGCGUGAAACGAGGCCCGAAUUCAAUAAGCAAAUUGUAGUAACAGGUCAUAAGACGUUCACCUUUGAAGGAGACGGAGGGAGAAGACCGAGGGGAUCGAACGAAUUUACCUCGUCCCUUCUCUAGUCCUGCUUCAAUCAGCUUCGUCCCUGCUACAAAGCAGCGUCGUGUCUCUAUCCUUAAUUAUUCCACACCUGUAUCUUCUGUCUUCUACGAGAAUUAUUUUAUCUUGCCUGAAUGUGGUUGCUUGGUGAUCCAACGAGCGACAUUGGCCGCUGGAAAAACUGGAACAGCCGUUGCCCAUAAGCAGCGUUGCUUCAAGACCUUGCCAGUUUGUCCUUGUAACCGAAACACAUGUGCCAACCACGCUCUUAAACCACGCAUCGUCCAACUAUCAUCCCUGUGUUUCUUGCGGUCGCCUUCGAUCGCACGAGGGUGGGCAAGAAUAGAAAGAGUAAGAAGUUUUCUCUCGUGUAGCCCGAUUAUACAAUGGAGAAGAGAGCUUGGUUGAUCGACGGAUCGAAUUCGGUGAAUCGAUAAAAUUAUCCGACACGUUCUUCUCUGGCUAACGAGUACAUCGUCGAGGAUAACAACGAGACAAACGAGUGAACGAAUGUGCAGAGCGACAGAACGAGAGAAUGUACGGCUGGCAGCUUUGGACAUGGGAUAGAUGAUAGAUUGCGAAUAAUGGGGUGGUAGAGCAAAUAGGAAACGCAAAAUGGAUUGGGUGCCUCGGCUCAGGUAGCCAGAGACGACAAGGUCGAGGGCUCCAGGGCGGAUAGGCCCCGAGCUGUUUAGCAAAGCUCCCCUUCUCUUUCUCUAUGCAUUCAGUCGAAUAAAGGGAACACAUUUCCUCAUUAACGUUAUUGGUGAGAGUAUUACUUCUGAAAGACUGCAUUUCCUUUUCUGCCAUCUGCCGAUCGACGUUGUGCAAAAAGACUGAAUUUAAUAAUCAAUAAUCAACCGAGGAAUUCAAGCCGAUUGAUCUAUGCGUCAGAUCCCGGUGGAUUUGUUCGAAGAAGAAGAAGAAGAAGAAGAAGAAGAAGAAGAAGAAGAAGAAGAAGAAGAAGAAGAAGAAGAAGAGGAAGAAGAAGAAGAAGGAGAAGGAGGCCAAUACGAAUUUACUGGUGAUCACUGGUCCAACGGAACGUUAGCGUUUGACUCACGAAAAGACUGAACACACGUUGAUUCAUUAUUCAGAGAGAAAAAGGAGAUCCGCAUAUCGCGUUCUAUAGGAAUCUGUUUUCAUUUAUCGUGCUACGCAUACAUAUCUUUCGGGAUCUCACGUAAUUGUUGUCACACACCUAUCUACACGUUGUAUACACAGACAGCUUGUCACACCAUCUAUACGAGCUUUAAGAAAUUUCUGACGAACGUAUAUACAAAGUGACGUGCGCGUCUCACUACGCGAAUUUUCGACUAUUAUACAUAUUGGAAAUAUGUCGCGUAUAUAUACAUGCGUGUAGAAACAGAAUAUAUAUAAUAUAUAAUAUAUAUACAUAUAUAUGUACACAUGUAAAAAAAAAAACUCUUUCGCUGCCUAAUUGAAGUAUUGGCGUAUAAAGUGUUGUGUGCGAUUCGGUAAAAGGACAAGUACGCAAACCCGUAUCGUUGUACCUAUUCUUUUUUUCUAUGAAGAGAAUUAACGUUAGAAAGAUGUUUGACUCGAAGGAAGAAAUGUUCUUUCGUUCUUUGUUUAUCUAACGGGACUCUUAUCAAUUUAUCGAGAAUAUUAUUGACGGCGCGCAACGAACAAUUAGAAAAGGAAAGUCAUUUAGAGUCAGUGAGAAGUGUAGUUGAAGUGUGAUCGCUGCCAGCAACAAAGCAGGAUGGGUUGUGGACAGAGCAAAAUCGGCAAUAUCUAUCCGAAGAAUAAGAAGAACAAAAAUAAUACCGGCAAGAAAAACGGAGAUUCUGUCGGUUCUGCAUCUGUGGAACAGAAAAAUGGUAACGGUAGCGCGAAGAACAACAAAACGAAUAACAAUGGGGUCGAGGUGAACAGAAACGAGGAACAAAAUGGUUCUAGCGAGGUCAAAAGCCAAGCCAAGAAGAAGCCGAACGCACCUGGGAGCGGUCCUCUGUUGCAACAAGCAGAGAUAUCCACCAGCCAACUCGACUUCUUCAAGAUGCUUGACGAGAAAAUCGAGAAUGGACCAGACUACGACGAAAGUCUCGACACAACAGCCAGAGCUGAACGAGUAUCGAAUCUUCUUCGUCAAUGGGAACUAGCAAGCGUAACCUGGUCGAGUGUGUCGGAUCUGAACAACGCGUCCCCGUCCGCGAUGAAGAACCGUGGCUCAGGGCUGAACGCAUCCCGGCAGAGUCUAAGCGCGAAAGACAGAGAAGGAAUGAGGAAUAUAGUCGGUGGUAGACCGGAGAGCGCGCCUAUUUACAUGAGAAACGCGAAUCGCGUAGACGGUCUCCAAGAUACUCACUGCCCAUCGCCAAGUAUGCCGAGGCACGUGUUAGAGUCGAUCACCCAGAGUCCGACCCAGAGCUUAAAAAAUGUCACGCCGCCUGGAUCCUCUCCAACCGGUCUGCGUUAUCCAGAUAGUUAUAAGGAAUGCAACGCUAAUCAGACAUCCGCGAAGACCGUGAAGGUUCAUUACGGUGCUCAGAAUCCUGUGAAUGGAGAAUACGUGACACAACAGGCACUCUAUCGCGAACAGUAUUUGCAACAAACCGGGAUAAUCACGGUACCUUCGCAAUAUUCGGCCGGUUCGCCUGGUGGUAAUGUCCUUAGGAACAAUCCAUACGUGCAACAAUAUCAGAUCAGCAACCCGCAACACUUCACCACAUCGAGGAAACGAGGCUUCAACGCCGCCCAAAUGACGUGACCGGACUGGCAGUACACUACCAGAUAAGACUGACACAACACACACACACACCUACACAGACACACUUUGCGAAUCAAGAGAGAAAACGACGAGCAGGACUCUACGAGGGUCUCUCGGGUUCUUCGUCAAGAUGACUUUAUUCGCGUGAAUAGUAGAGGAGAGAGAGCCCGUCGAGGCUGGAGACUGACCAACAAACGGAGAAGAUACCACGGAUGUUUCUCUGCAUGUUCCUAAAGAUAUCGUACACAUUUUUUUCGUUGCCAUUGGCGGAUGUUCAGCAAACAGCAACCACCCAACGGACAAAACACGAGUGCAAAAUACUUCGGUAUUGGCCUAAAUCAUUCUGCGAUCCAUUUAAAGGAGAAAACAAACAAGAUAUAGCACCGUCUCCGCGUAAAAUCUACAGUUCACGAAAUUCUUCUCUAUAAGUGCCAAAAUGCUAUUAUACAUGUAACAAGCAAUCUAAGUGUCAUGGGAAAAAUUGUCAGAGGGAGAGAGAGGGAGAGAGUGAGAGAGAGGGAGAGAAAGAGAGAGAGAGACAUUAUCCGUUGAACCAAUACUCCGUUCUUUGUAAUUCAUGUAAAUGAAACUUUUUCAAUGUAUAUACAAUAUAUAUAUAUAUAUGUAUAUUAUAUAUGUGUACAUUAUAUGUACAUAUAUACAUAUAUAUAUUUUUUCGUUUAUUCUUGUUUCUUUUUUUUUUUUAUCGGUAGCAUGUCUACGUACCAUUGGUAAAUGUAAAUUUCUAUAAGGGAAAAAGAGAAACAAAAUGAAAAAAAAAAAAUAUAAAAGAAUAACACACGCGAGCGCGAAUUUCGCUAUAGCGUUUUGUAUAAUUGUGUAUUACCAACGUAUUCCGAGAUAUAUAUACUUCGCAUAUACGUGUGUAUGCAUUUAUGUAUGUAUCUGAGCUGACGGGAGGGAAGGAGUAUAUAGAGAAUGGGAAGAGCAGCAGAUGUAGGGUCUUACUUGUACCGUGUAUAGAUUCAUUGUAUGUAUUGUAUGGAUACAUUUAACUUACCGUGAUGAUUGUAUAUUUAUAUGUUGACCAUGUUUAAAGUUAACGAUAUAUAUAGUUGAUGAUGAGAGUUUUAUAUUUCAUGUUACAAAUAUGCUCUAUAUUGUGAAAUACACUUAAUCGAAAUCGCUGCAUCACCGUCGAACACUGACAACUAUAUUUUGUUUCGUUGAGCAAUUUCCUUUUUUUUUUUAUAAAUAAAUUCGUAAUUUUUCCCCAACAA